GAUCAUUUGAGUAACAAAACACGUUUGUUCCAGCACCAGACUGCACCGAGCUCAUCGCUGCUCCACACUCACAGUUCACAUCGCUCACAUCACACAUACUGUACAAAGAUGGACGAGUUGGACGAGACUCAGCUGAAGAACAUGGUGGAAAGUAUGAAACAGCAGCUGGACUUCCCGAGAGAGAAAACGUCUGCGUCCAUCCCCGAGCUGGUGAAAUGGACGGAAGGUAAAAUGCCCGAAGAUCCGUUCCUGAAUGCCGAGCUGCUGAAGGCCAAUCCGUGGGUGGAGUCUGGAAAAUGUGUGGUUCUCUAGCAGAAGCUGGAACCUUCUAGAAACGUGUUUAGUUG